AACUACAGUCAUUGGUUUCUACAGCAAUUACACGGCUGCACGACCUGCCUAACCGAUUUUAGCAUACUAAUGAAGUAAUCGCUCCAGUAGUUGAAGAUGUAUUACGGCUGGCUAAUUGUCCUGCUUACAUCUAUCCUGUGCCUUACCUUCAACGGCAUUAAAAUGAGUUGGGGUGUGUUUGUGACGACGUUCAGCAGAGACGCGGUGCUGGGAUCCUCGUCCCAGGCCACCCUAGGUGUUAUCCAAUCAGUGUUCUUCCUGUGCUGCAGUACUACCAGCGUCAUUGGCAAAGUCACAUCAGAUCACUGUGGCUACAGGAUUGCAGCGUUCACGGGGACGCUGCUGGUGGUAUUAGGACUCGGUCUCUCUUCACUUGCCCCCAGUGCGCUGUACCUGAUAUUUUCCUAUGGAGUCUUGUACGGCCUCGGGAUGAACAUCCUUGUUUCGCCUUUAUUCUUUAUCGUAGCUGACUGGUUUCCAUGGGAACACAGAUAUCACGUGAUGAGCACCAGCUGGUCCAUGGUUACAAUGCCUUUAGGCACCGUCAUUUUUGGAAACUUAAUCCAGAGCUCCAUCAAACAAUCGGGUGGAGAUACGGGUAUCUCGUUUUAGCGUCCUUUUACGCUUUUUGGGCCAUCAUAUCAAUCCACACGUUACAGAAACCAACUAAGGACGUGUUACAAUCAGCAAUACAAUCAGAAUCUCCCCUUUUCCCAAAGCAGAAAGUGUCGCCAUCUAUUGAAAUAAGAUGGAGUAAGCAGGUUCGCGUCGUUGUCAUGGUGACGUGGUUUGUCGUCUACCUCAGCAAGGGUAUAUGUCAAACGAUAUCCUAUGCAAUUUUGGUGAAGCAAGUCGAAAGUUUAGGAUACACACCUGCAGAUGGCGCUCACUGCUUGACAGCGGACGGCGUGGCGGGAUUUUUGAGUCGUCUGCUCGUGUCUCUGAUGGGCGACCACCUGAAAGGGUACAUUCUCCAUGUGUACGUGAUCUGUGCUGGUUUACUCAUGGUCAAUAACGUACUUGCCUCAUAUUUGACAACACUGACAGGGAUGUUCAUAUACAGUACUGUUUUGGGUCUGGGCCAGGGUCCUAUCAUAGCAGCUUGGUACGCCUCAUGUGGUGAGGUACUCAGUGGUCAGGACGUCCCAGCGCUGUUUGUUCUACUACGGUCUGGCAUGGGACUGGGGGCCGCUGUAGGACCUUUCCUGGCAGGUGUUAUUUACGAUAUAAGCGGGUCAUACAAGUCAGCGUUUUUAACCAUGGCGGCUUUGUACUUGGUCAACGCUCUCCUGACUGCGGUCAUUAUUUUCAUAAACAGUGUCCAAAGAAAAUUAGCGAAGUCAGAAUGUCGGUAUUAGAUCAUCGCGAUUUCACUGCCAAUUCUCACCGAAUAAUAUUUUUAAAUAUUUUACACAAAGGGUUGUAUAUAAAAUAUUUAAUCGUGUACUCAGUGUAUAAUAUACGUGAUAAUUGGAGAUGUUACGUGGUCGUUUAGGCGACCCGACUUGCUCUGUUGAAGACUUGAACAACACAAGAACAUAUAUAAAAAAAAAGCUUUGGGCUUGGUGGCCAUUUAACAGAUAAUAAAUUACGGUAACUACAUAUUGAACCAAAUGAACGCAUGUUAUGUUAGUUAAAUAUUAACAUAAAACAUUUUGUUAAACAAGUAAAGGUCAACGUAGUGCCAGAGUUGUGACCGGUU